AUGACGUCUAAGUUUCUUCUGAAAAUGGAUGCGAGGGAGAUUAAAGAAGGAUUUCCUGAGGUGGAAGUAGCUGCUUUUGUGAGGGGAGGUUCCCACAUGAUGUGCGGGGAUUUUGAUUGGAGUUACAGGCUCAAAUACGGUAGACCUGAUCCACCUGAUAUUAUUCUCUACCCCUAUAAAUCUUGUGCUGAUGAAGAUGGGUUCGCUCAUGCCGCAAGGGUUCCAAAUUUAUCAAAAUUCUAUCUAUCUUUCCAAACAAAUUUCUCUCGAGAUCUCGGAUCUCAUCAUAGGCAUCAAGAACCAAAAUUGUAUUUGAAGGAAAUUUAGAAGAAAGUGAAUAAUGGAAGUGAAGGUAGAGUUGGAAGAAGAAGGGGGUUCAUGGGAGAAAUAAUAAUCGAAGAUGUAAAAGUGGAAGGAUACAGCACAAGUAUUUCCAUGGCUUCUCUGGGAUGUUCAGUGACAUAUUACUUGGCUUCUACAGCUAAGUCCAUGUUUUCUGGUUUUGCUUCUCAGUCUUGGAGUUGUCUGGCUGUUGCCACUUUGAUAUCCAUGACCCGGCAACUUCCACGGUAGUCUGUGCUGUUCAGUGUAACAUCAAUAGUAGGAAACUAGGAAUCAUUAAGGUGGUACUUUUAAAAUGAA